AUCUGUCACUCUGUCUGUCACAUUAAUAGGCGCGGCCAUGUUGGUCUGUAGUGAAUAAAAAUCAUUUUAAAUUAUUGCUUUUACGAAACUAAAAUUGACACAAUAUGCCCAAAUGCGACCUCAAAACGAGAUACAUCCCCGCGACUUUCGCCUGGACUUUACUAUUGGGCACAACGUCCCUGUUUUUUUAUUUUCCUUGCCAAUAUUAUCUGCACAAACACCCAUGGGUACCAGCAUAUCAAGGUGUCAUAACAUUUUUUGUUUUGGCCAAUUUUACACUGGCCACUUUCAUGGACCCGGGGGUGAUACCAAAAGCCCCACCUGACGAAGACCGCGAGGAUGACUUCCGUGCGCCGCUGUAUCGCAGCGUGGAGAUAAAUGGUAUAACGGUUCGGAUGAAAUGGUGCGUCACCUGCAAGUUUUACCGACCGCCGCGCUGCUCGCACUGUUCUGUCUGCAAUCAUUGUAUAGAGACAUUCGAUCACCACUGCCCGUGGGUGAACAACUGCAUAGGUCGGCGGAACUACAGAUUCUUCUUUUUCUUUCUUAUUUCACUCUCCGUACACAUGCUGAGCAUCUUUGGCCUCAGCCUCUACUACAUCAUGAACCACAACAAAACGCUCACACAGGUCGAACCCAUUGUGUCAAUGGUAAUAAUGGGUAUAAUAGCCCUUUUAGCGAUCCCGAUAUUUGGUUUAACGGGUUUUCAUAUGGUGCUGGUGUCCAGGGGCAGGACGACAAACGAGCAAGUGACGGGCAAGUUUACGGGCGGAUACAAUCCAUUCUCAAAGGGAUGUUGGUCCAAUUGUUGUUAUACCCAGUUUGGACCGCAGUAUCCUAGCCUAGUCCGGCCAUCAAAAUACCUGUACAAGAGCAGUAAGAAACGACGCGAAAUGACUGCGAUGAACGCAGGCAUAGCGACGAUAGCGUCGGGCGCGCAGGUAAAGACGUAUACGGCGGACAACGGGGCCGCGCAUCGCCCGCUCGGCGCGCACGCGCACUACAAUAAGCUCUCCCCUGGGCGCGACGAGCACGAGGGUGAGAUGGAGGGUCCCGGGGCCUCGCAGUCAGCGGAUUGCGAGCCGACGCCCCCGCCCCUGCAGCGACGGGGUUCCUCGGCCAACUUGUUCCCGGAGCCCCACCAUCACUUGCCACCGCGGCCUCACCACUAUCCGCGGUUGAGCCCGCUCUCUAGGAAUACUAGUCACGGUGGUACAACCACAUCAGGUUAUCGUGUGGUGAUGGAGCCCCUCCGCUACGACCCGGGCUCCAAUGGUGGGGCCAGGCCCUCCCCAACGAUGCAGCAGAGGAUUAAAGCUCUCGGCGUGCCCACGCCUUUAGCGCUCAGUAGUCCUGUGCGCAGGUCCAACCCGGGCACGCCCACGCAGCCGCGCCGGCCUGACUUCAUCGGGGUGCGGGGCUCGCCGCAGCGGCGGUUCCUCUCCGAGGGCGAGCUGCUGCGUGACGCGGAGGACAUCCGCGAGCUGGCCGCUUCGCCGCAGCGCGGGGGAUACACGUGGGUCGACCGCGCCCCGCCGCACGCCCCGCACCCCUCGCACCCCCCGCACCCCACCCUCCCGCACCCCGCGCCCUCGCCGAUGGCCCGCCGCCGCGCGCCCCAUUCGGCGGUGCCGCGCCCCGCGCGCCCCCUCUCCUUCGUCCGAGCCCUCGAGGUGCAGGAACAGCUGGAACGGACGCAGCAACCCGAGCCCCCCGAUCGCGCCUCGGUCUACGACUGCAACUACGAGAUCUCCGUCUGAAACCUCCGCGUAGGACAGUGUUAACCCCAAAGACAGCGCACAAUGGAUGCGAUCAUGCCAUAUGCCGUGCGAUGUGUGUGAGAUUUAUUUGUACAUAGCGUUGUGACUCCGACAUAAUAUUAGUAUAGAUUGUGUAAUUUAUUCCAAAUUUUUGACUUUGUAUCGGUGACGUUAUGAUUGCGUCUCGAUAGUUACGUUUGCGUAUAAGACACUGAAACCUGGUGAUAGUGUACGAAGAACUUUUGUAUCGAUACACAGCAACCAAACGAUAGAUUGAUAUAACGAGUAACGAUUUGAAUGUUUAUAAAAAUCGGUACGAUUCGAGAACUUUGCGAACGAUCCGUUCGCCAAACAGCUAUUAUGAGAAAUGUGCCAAAUAUUAUGUAGAUGGAUUGUUGGGCCCCGAUGUUUCUGCAAUCAUUUGUGCGUGCUAAUUGAAAUUUUCCUUGCAUCUCAUAUUUUUGAGAUCUCGUUUCGAAUUACGGCCCAAACAAAGUACUUAGAUGUUUUGUGAAUGAACGCAUGUUUAUAUGACGUAUCCUGUAAGAUGAAAGUUAAAUAAGAAUAUUGUUUGCAUUAGUGGUAGAUAGAUGAGAUUAUAUAUUGUAAAUAAUAUAUUUAUGACGACAGUACCAUACGAUUUGUUCAAUGUACAUAAUACGUAAUGAUUGCGAAAUUUAAAUCGAAAGUAUUACAUUUAUAUUUAUAUACCUUGAUUAAUGUACAGUCACCGAUUUAUUUAAGAUUGUAAAUAUAUUUAAGUAUGUAAAUGAGGUUUCGUUGAUUGCUAUGUAAAAAUUUGUUUAUGGUGCCAGUAUCGAUUUUCCUAUUUGACAUAUCAGUAGCGCCUUUUUCAACAACUGUCAUUUGUCAACUUGUGUGACACAUGACAGUUCUAUUUGAAUGUACCAAUUGUCAUGUUCUGUAAUACACUGCGUUCGUUAUAUACUGUGGUGUGUUGAUAAAUCGCCGGUACGAUUUUAGUUUGCAUAGAAAUAGUUUUCGGCCUAUCAAAUUUUUAUUUAGUACCUUUCUUUACAUUCCGCAGUGCAGUUUUCUUAUUACUAAGGUUUUUAAACUAUUUUAAAACUUAAUGCUAAACAAUAUUUAGGAUUUAGCAGACGUACUUAAACCGUGUGUAAAUUUAAUAUCUAAGAUGCAUUUUCUCAGAAUUCUUUUCUUUGAUGCGACCAUAAUACAUUUCGUGCAAUAAUUAAAAUAAGUUAUAAUAUGACAAAGAAUUUUUUGUUAUCACCUCAUGACGAAUAAUAAUAAUACUAAAAAUAAAAAUAAGUCUUCAAUAAUAGCGUUGUCUGAGACUUAUCAAAAGUUACUCAUUGUAAUUCUUUUGGAGACGUGGAAAGUGCAUCGUAAGUUCUGUAAUAACUUGAUUGGGUGAUAGGAUAAAAAUUCUAAAGUUUUAAACGGUGAAGUUACCACCGGUCUUCAUAAAAGUACUAUAUAGAGAAUUUUACUUUUAUUAAUCUUUAAGAAAUGUCUCAAUAUGUUUUGUACUGGAGUCUUACAUAGUUUGAUGCUAUUCAUAGCCAGCUCAGUGAUGCCAACUACUGCAAAAUAUUUCCUCUGGAACCAAUUUCCAAUACCCCUAAAUAUUUACUAAAGUUUUAUUCGACACUCGGGUUGAUAGGUUAUUUCAAUUGAGAAUUAAAAAUAUAUUGAAGUAGUAUAAAAUUUCGAUCUGGGAGCUUUUUGAUAUUACUGUUAUAUGCAUGAGAUAUAUAUAUAUAUAUAUCAUGCAUAUAAUGCAUAUAUAGUUUGUUUAUUGGGUUAUAAUAUGCAUAUAGGCAUAAUAUAAAUUAUAAGUUGUGUAAAAUCGAGCGUUUUUUUUAGGAAAAAAUAUCUUGUAUAGAGUCUUACACAGCCCCGUAAAUAAUUGUGUCAAAAGAGCCCCCAAGACAUCUUGUCCCAAUAAUUUGGAUGGAAAACACCCAAGUUGGCAUCAUUGAGCCAUUAUUUUUUUUGAUGCUACUUUACCGAGCCUCAAAUAGCCGUCAUAUAUGUGUAUUG